CGGGGAUCGGCCAUGGGGAAGCUGCUGGUGGUGGCUCUUGUCGGGAUAGCGGCAGCCCUGGUGGCGGAGCGGCUGCUGGCCUUUCGGAACAGACUCAAUGCUUCACGGGAAGUAGCCCCAGUAACACUCCCGAACUGCCGGCUCAUUAAAGGAAUCGAAGCUGGUUCCGAAGACAUCGACAUACUUCCCAAUGGACUAGCUUUCAUCAGCUCUGGCUUGAAAUAUCCAGGAUUAAAGAGCUUUGCUCCAGACAAGCCAGGUGAAAUAUUUUUGAUGGAUUUGAAUGAAGACUAUCCCAGGGCAGUGGAACUGAGAAUCAGCCGAGGGUUUGAUCUGUCAUCAUUUAACCCUCAUGGAAUCAGCACCUAUGUAGACAGAGAUGACACCGUGUACCUCUUUGUUGUGAACCAUCCCCAUCAGAAGAGCACAGUAGAAUUGUUUAAAUUUGUAGAAGAUGACAAUUCUCUUUUACACCUGAAAACCAUUCAACAUGAUCUUCUGGCAAGUGUGAAUGAUAUAGUAGCCAUGGGGCCAGAUAGUUUCUAUGCUACCAAUGACCACUACUUCACCGACUUCAUCUUGAUGUUCUUAGAGGUGUUCUUGGGUUUAACUUGGUCAAAUGUUGUUUACUACAGUCCAAAAGAAGUUAAGGAAGUGGCAACUGGCUUUUGUUCAGCCAAUGGAAUUAACAUUUCACCUGAUAGAAAGUACAUCUAUGUUGCAGAUGUAUUUGAUCAUAGUGUUCAUGUUAUGGAAAAACACACUAACUGGAAUUUAACUCACGUGAAGACACUACAGCUGGACACUCUGGUCGAUAACUUGUCUAUUGAACCUCACACUGGAGACAUCUGGACGGGAUGUCAUCCCAAUGGGAUGAAGCUGUUCUACUAUGAUCCUGAAAAUCCUCCUGCCUCUGAGGUUCUGCGCAUCCAGAACAUCCUCUCAGAGGAGCCUGUGGUGACACGUGUCUACGCUGACAACGGCUCUGUGCUGCAGGGGAGCUCAGUGGCAGCCAUCUACGAGGGAAAACUGCUCAUUGGCACAGUCUACCACAGAGCUCUCUACUGUGAGCUAUAGCUCGUCAUGGAGGCUCAAUAUAUUCACAACCUGGAAAUACUGCAGCAAUGAGCAGAAACUAGAGUUUACAGAACUGGCCUACCACCCAAACCAGAGAGAAAAUAACUUCAUCAGCCUGCUGUGGUCACCUGGGUGUAAUGAUGACACAAGCGCAUGGAAACUCCACACUGCCUGCACAGCAGUUUAAUGGUGGCCAGGCAAGUCAGACUAAUCAAAACAGCUUUAGCUCCAGAAAUAAAUACACAAAGUAGGCAACAAGUACACCUGCAAGUGAGCCAAAUGAGAAAAUCUGUCAAGACAUUUAGUCCAGAAAUUUGUUUCUUCUUAUUACAUCAAACCCCAUAUUACUCUGACUUAACACUGGUUUACAGGAAGUUUGGGUUAAGAAUGAUGAGACAUCCAUCUUUUGUUUCAUGUCAUUACACAGUACAAGGGGAAAAAAGGCAACACAAUUUUAAAGAUCCUGCAGAACAGCAAGAAAAGUUUCAAACUAUGCUUUAUGUCUGUUAUCCAGUGACAUUUCUACACAUCCCAAGAUCGAGUAGCAUAUUUAAUAAAAGGAACCACAUAAAUCUCUUUCAUCACAGAAAGAAGAGUAAAAUUCUUGACAUUGUUCUGUUUGCUUAGUUUUCACAUGUUGAUCAAAAUGCAUUUUAAUAGUUUUAUUUUAAAUUUAAGCUACUAUUUUUUUAAGUUAGGCUUUUGUUUGUUGGGUUUUUUUCUUGUAGUCUGAGAAUAACAAAAUUACAUUAUCACGAAGCAGUAAAAAUCCCCUGAAUACUUAAAGGACUUAAGUCGAAUUAGUUAUUCUGCAGAAUAAGAACACAAUUUACAAAGAGAUUAACUAGGCACUGUUCUAAGCAGCAAGAAUGAAAACUCAGUCAAGCAGUCUGCUCAGGUUUCUAAGAAAACAAAGAACAUAAAAUGGGGACACCACCUGAGAUUACUAUAUACAACCACUUAAACACUACUACAGUGUAAACAUAACUUAAAAAGAAAAUCAUCAUCAAAUGCAUUUAUCAACAUUGUAUUUAAGAGAUUAAAUUUCCAGUUUCUUCCAGAUAACUUCUCUUACUCAAAGAAUGCUAGUUUUAUGAGGCUGUUAAACAUUUGUAUAAUUUUUCUCCUAUAAAGAGCACAGAAAGAUUUACUGCAAUGUGUAAUUUUUGUUAGCAGGUGUAUUUUUCUGCCAGUGGUCUAUCUCAAGAAAAAUAUCGCAAGCCUUCAGAAAUAUCAGAAAGUAUCUUUUAUGGUAAUUUCAGUUUUAGAGAUGAAUAAAAUAUACAUCAAAAACCUGUAGAAAUUGGAUUUGGAAGGAAAAAUAAAGCUAAUGCUAAGUAGA